CCCUCUGUUUCCCCCGUGUCCCCCUGCAGGUGUUGGUGGAAUGAGCGUAGCGUGCGUGUUGAAGAGAAAAGCAGUUCUGUGGCAGGACUCGUUCAGCCCCCACCUGAAGCAGCACGCUCAAGACACAGCCAACCCCACCAUGCCUGUGGUACUGACAUCUGGCACAGGCUCGCAGGCUCAGCCACAGCCAGCUGCAAACCAGGCCCUGGCAGCAGGGACACACUCCAGCCCCGUGCCCGGAUCCAUAGGAGUGGCGGGGCGCUCCCAGGACGACGCCAUGGUGGAUUAUUUCUUCCAGAGGCAGCACGGGGAGCAGCUCGGGGGAGGAGGCAGCGGCGGCGGCGGCUACACCAACAGCAAACACCGCUGGCCCACCGGGGACAACAUCCACGCAGAGCAUCAGGUGCGUUCCAUGGAUGAGCUGAAUCACGAUUUCCAAGCGCUGGCUCUGGAGGGACGGGCUAUGGGAGAGCAGCUGUUGCCGGGUAAAAAGUUUUGGGAAUCUGAUGAUUCCAGCAAAGAUGGACCAAAAGGGAUAUUUCUGGGAGAUCAGUGGAGAGACAGUGCUUGGGGAACAUCAGAUCACUCUGUUUCCCAGCCAAUUAUGGUUCAGAGAAGACCUGGGCAGGGCUUCCAUGUGAACAGUGAAGUCAACUCAGUGCUGUCCCCACGGUCAGAGAGUGGGGGGCUGGGGGUGAGCAUGGUGGAGUAUGUGCUGAGCUCAUCUCCUGGAGACUCCUGCCUAAGGAAAGGAGGAUUUGGGCCAAGGGAUGCAGAGAGCGAUGAGAAUGACAAAGGGGAUAAGAAGAACAAGGGCACGUUUGAUGGAGAUAAAUUGGGAGAUCUGAAGGAGGAGGGGGAUGUGAUGGACAAAUCCAAUGGUUUGCCUGUUCAGAACGGGAUCGACGCCGACGUCAAAGACUUCAGCCGCACGCCCGGGAACUGCCCGAGCUCGGCGGGCGAGGUGGAUCUGCUGGGCCCCAGCCAGAACGGCUCCGAGGGCCUGGCCCAGCUGGCCAGCAGCAACGGGGCCAAGCCCGUGGAGGACUUCCCCAGCAUGGAGUCGCAGAGCGUGCCCCUGGACGCCAUGGAGCACGUGGGCAUGGAGCCCCUGCAGUUCGACUACUCGGGCACGCAGGUGCCCGUCGACUCGGCCGCCGCCACCGUGGGGCUCUUCGACUACAACUCCCAGCAGCAGCUGUUCCAGAGGCCCGGCGCGCUGGCGGUGCAGCAGCUGACAGCAGCCCAGCAGCAGCAGUACGCCCUGGCUGCUGCCCACCAGCCACACAUCGCAGGUUUAGCCCCCGCUGCCUUCGUUCCCAACCCCUACAUCAUCAGCGCAGCGCCUCCGGGCACGGAUCCCUACGCGGCGGGGCUGGCGGCGGCGGCCACGCUGGGUCCAGCUGUGGUCCCUCACCAGUACUAUGGAGUCACUCCCUGGGGAGUUUAUCCUGCCAGCCUCUUCCAGCAGCAGGCGGCCGCCGCCGCCGCCGCCACCAACUCUGCCAGCCAGCAGGGCCAGCAGCAGGGCCAGCAGGGCCAGCAGCAGGUGCUCCGUGGAGGAGCCAGCCAGCGUCCCCUGACUCCCAACCAGAACCAGCAGGGCCAGCAGACCGAUCCUCUGGUGGCCGCCGCCGCCGUCAACUCAGCGCUCGCCUUCGGCCAGGGGCUGGCAGCAGGGAUGCCAGGUUACCCAGUGCUGGCUCCUGCUGCUUAUUACGACCAGACCGGAGCCCUGGUGGUCAAUGCUGGGGCCAGGAACGGCCUGGGGGCUCCUGUGCGCCUGGUGGCCCCUGCCCCUGUCAUCAUCAGCUCCUCUGCAGCCCAGGCAGCGGUGGCGGCGGCGGCGGCAUCGGCCAACGGAGCGGCGGGGGGGCUGGCGGGGACCACCAACGGCCCCUUCCGGCCCCUGGGCACGCAGCAGCCCCAGCCCCAGCCCCAGCAGCAGCCCACCAGCAACCUGGCCUCCAGCUCCUUCUACGGCAACAGCUCCCUGAGCAGCAACUCGCAGAGCAGCUCGCUCUUCUCGCAGGGCUCCGCCCAGCCCAACACCUCGCUGGGCUUCGGCAGCAGCAGCUCCCUGGGGGCCACGCUGGGCUCGGCGCUGGGCGGCUUCGGCACCGCGGUGGCCAACUCCAGCACGGGCAGUGGCUCCCGGCGGGACUCGCUGACGGGCAGCAGCGACCUGUACAAGAGAACCUCCAGCAGCCUGACCCCCAUCGGCCACAGCUUCUACAACGGCCUGGGCUUCUCCUCCUCCCCCGGGCCCGUGGGCAUGCCCCUGCCCAGCCAGGGCCCCGGCCACUCGCAGACUCCUCCUCCGUCAUUGUCCUCGCACGGCUCCUCCUCCAGCCUCAACCUGGGGGGGCUGACCAACGGCAGUGGCCGCUACAUCUCGGCGGCGCCGGGGGCGGAGGCCAAGUACCGCAGCGCCAGCAGCGCCUCCAGCCUGUUCAGCCCCAGCAGCACGCUGUUCCCGUCGUCGCGCCUGCGCUACGGCAUGUCGGACGUCAUGCCCUCGGGCCGCAGCCGCCUGCUCGAGGACUUCCGCAACAACCGCUACCCCAACCUGCAGCUGCGCGAGAUCGCCGGCCACAUCAUGGAGUUCUCGCAGGACCAGCACGGCUCCAGGUUUAUUCAGCUGAAACUGGAGCGUGCCACCCCGGCAGAGCGUCAGCUGGUGUUCAACGAGAUCCUGCAGGCAGCCUAUCAGCUCAUGGUGGAUGUGUUUGGGAAUUACGUCAUCCAGAAGUUCUUUGAGUUUGGCAGCCUGGAGCAGAAGCUGGCCCUGGCGGAGCGCAUCCGUGGGCACGUGCUGUCGCUGGCGCUGCAGAUGUACGGCUGCAGGGUGAUCCAGAAGGCCCUGGAGUUCAUCCCCCCAGACCAGCAGGUAAUUAACGAGAUGGUUCGGGAGCUGGACGGGCACGUGCUCAAGUGCGUCAAGGACCAGAACGGGAACCACGUGGUGCAGAAGUGCAUCGAGUGUGUGCAGCCUCAGUCCCUGCAGUUCAUCAUCGAUGCCUUCAAGGGACAGGUGUUUGCUCUGUCCACGCACCCGUACGGCUGCCGGGUGAUCCAGAGGAUCCUGGAGCACUGCCUGCCCGAGCAGACCCUGCCCAUCCUGGAGGAGCUCCACCAGCACACAGAGCAGCUGGUGCAGGACCAGUAUGGGAAUUAUGUCAUCCAGCACGUCCUGGAGCACGGCCGGCCCGAGGACAAGAGCAAGAUCGUGGCAGAGAUCAGAGGCAACGUGCUUGUCUUGAGUCAACACAAAUUUGCCAGUAACGUGGUGGAGAAGUGUGUGACGCACGCGUCGCGCACGGAGCGCGCCAUGCUGAUCGACGAGGUGUGCACCAUGAACGACGGCCCCCACAGUGCCUUAUACACCAUGAUGAAGGACCAGUACGCCAACUACGUGGUGCAGAAAAUGAUCGACGUGGCAGAGCCGGCCCAGAGGAAGAUCGUCAUGCACAAGAUCCGGCCCCACAUCGCCACGCUGCGCAAGUACACCUACGGCAAGCACAUCCUGGCCAAGCUGGAGAAGUACUACAUGAAGAAUGGGGUGGAUUUGGGGCCCAUCUGUGGCCCCCCCAACGGCAUCAUCUGAGCAGGGGCUGCUCCAGAGCCACCCCAGGA